GCCUGUGUUUUUCCUGUCCUCCCUCCAGGUCCACCUCCAUCCCACAGCCAUGUCCUGCUACGAUCUGUGCCGUCCCUGUGGCCCGACCCCCCUGGCCAACAGUUGCAACGAGCCCUGUGUGCGCCAGUGCCAGGACUCCCGUGUGGUGAUUGAGCCCUCUCCCGUGGUGGUGACCCUGCCAGGACCCAUCCUCAGCUCCUUCCCCCAGAACACCGCUGUGGGCUCCAGCACCUCUGCUGCUGUUGGCAGCAUCCUGAGUGAGGAGGGAGUCCCCAUCUCUUCUGGUGGCUUUGGCCUCUCUGGCCUGGGCAGCCGCUUCUCUAGCAGGAGAUGCCUGCCCUACUAAGGAUGAUGUGGGCAUCCCAUGAAUGCGUCCCCCAGGAAGCCCAAAGCUUGGAGCUACAAUGAAGUUGGAGCUGCUGGCCUGUGUUUCCAGAUGGGCUGAGUAUCAUUGUGUCCUUCUGCGAAGCAGAGAGGAAUGCCAGGUUGCCAGCCUCCUCUAUCUGGAAACACAGCCAGCAGAUCUCUUCUUCUUCACCUAAUUUCUUGUCAUCAUCACACAUCCUUGUUGUCUCCUGCUGCCCUGUGCCUUGGGUUCAUCCUGAAGGAAGUGGAGAUGGCCCUGCUUCUUCUCCCUCUCACAUUGUGAGGGAGGAAGACCUGCAUCCCAUUAUGUUGAAGGUCUAUCAGAGUUCCAGCUGCCCUAGUAGCAACUUGGACCGGAUCCCUUCUGCCAUGCAAUUCUUUGUUUCUAUCUUCCAACUCAAUAAAUGUUAUGU